AUGUUUGAGCUACAUGUUUUGAAGAGACCAGAACGUUCCUGGACGUCUCGGUCGAAACCUGACAGUAUCGAUCCGCUGGGGGGCAACGCAGCAUCUUCAAGUGUACAGGACCAAAUACAAAGAAACACCGGUUUCGAACUAAAUGAUAAACGUAACCACAAUCUAUCCACUAUUCAAACGGCCCAUGAGGUCUCCAGAGAGAUGGAUCCUGUGCUCUCGCCAGGAUCGAUUGAAUUGGAAGAUCUGGAAUUGCCGGAAGGAGGUCUCAAGGCAUGGCUAGUUGUGUUUGGAUCGUUUAUGGGACUCAUACCACUUUUCGGUAUGAUAAAUUCACUUGGUGCAAUUCAGUCUUACAUCUCAAAGCAUCAGCUGGCCACGGUCUCAUCUUCUAGCACUUCUUGGAUUUUCUCGCUUUACCUUUCUAUCACUUUUCUGAGUUGCAUCUUUACCGGCGGAUACUUCGAUCGUAACGGCGGUAGAAGACCGCUUAUUGUGGGGACCGUGAUGUAUACUGGCGGAGUUUUUGCUACGGGUAAUUGUACCACCUUGUGGCAAUUCAUCUUGGCAUUUUCAGUGCUUGGCGGACUGGCAUCGGGCAUUUUGAUGACACCGCUCGUCAGUUGCAUCGCGACCUGGUUCAUACGAAAACGUGGCACCGCGACCAGUAUAGCGACCAUCGGUGGAUCUUUGGGAGGUGUAAUCUUCCCGGUCAUGCUACGUAAACUUUACUCGGAGGUCGGAUUUCAAUGGGCUCUGCGAAUUGUCGCGCUUCUUUGUCUGUUCAUGCUUGUGUGCUCCAUAGUAUUUGCGGUAGAAAGAGAAACCGCGUCCGCGGUUCCCUUCGAAUCUAAACGAGAAGGACUUAAAUUUUACAUGACCUCUGCUUUCAACUGGAGUUACUUCUCGGAUGCUAAAUACAUGUUCGCGGUGAUGGGCAUGGCUUUGGCGGAAAGUUCACUCACCGCCUCAGCUACUUUUUUCGCAUCCUACGCCAUGGCCCAGAAAAAUUCCGAGAGCAUCUCUUACGCUUUACUUGCUGCUACUAACGCUAUAGGUGUUCCGGGCAGAUUUGUUUCUGGCUACGUCGCAGACAAGUGGAUUGGCAGGUUCAAUACCAUCAUAAUAACCCUUACGAUUACUACCAUUUUCAACCUGGUGCUGUGGCUGCCUUUUGGCUCAAACAUCAACGUCCUAUGGGCCUAUACAAUCUUGUAUGGCUUUUCAACUGGGUCAAUACUGUCGCUAAGUCCGGUCUGCUUAGGCCAAAUUUCUAAAACUUCAGAUUUCGGUAAACGUUACGCAACGGGCUACAUGAUUGAAGCUCUCGUCAUUCUGCCAAUGAUUCCAAUUGGUGGUGCGAUCAUUGGUCAGGGCUCAAUUAAAAGCUACAAUAACUUCAUCAUUUUCACAUCAAUUUUAAUGAUUGCAAGCGCCGGUUGCUACGUGAUUUCCAGGUUUUUUUGCGUCGGGAACAGUUUUUGCAAAUUCUGA